AUGGAGAUUCAUAAUCAAGAAGAAGAAGCAAUGGUGAUGGCGGGUUCCAGGCAUAUCUUCAAAGGAAAGCGCACCAAGCGACAAAGGUCGGUUUCUUCCUUCGUCUUAACCAUGGCGACUGCAGCCACAAGCUCUUGUAGCAGCGGCCCGGAAUUCAGUUACGGCGGCGGCGGCGGCGGCGGAGGUGUUUUUCUGGAUGUGAAUUAUACCCCUUCGCCCUCCGAUUCAGGGGAAUUAGCACAGAGUUCCGUGGAGGAAGAAGACAUGGCUAAUUGUUUGAUUCUUCUCGCACAAGGCAGGAAUUCUAAUUCCCAGCAGAAGCAGAUGAUUUCAUCGUCGAUUUCACAACAGCCCGGAAUUAUAAUCAGCCGUCCUCCCUCGGCGGCGGCGGAUGUUUAUCAGUGCAAAACUUGCGACCGGUGUUUCCCUUCGUUUCAGGCGUUGGGUGGUCACAGGGCAAGUCAUAAAAAGCCAAAAGUAACGCCGGAAGAGAAGAAACAGGCGGCCAUGUUGAUCGGAAAUGGAAGCCAUGAAAGCAGCAGUAGUACUUCUACAACUGUUCGAUUGAUUGCCCAACAGGAGGACACCAGUUUAUCGCUUCAAAUUCCAGGCAGAACAGACUCAUGCAAUAUCAUCACCACUUCUAAUUCGAAUCAUCAGAAUAAUAAUAAUAAUAAUAAUAAUAAUAAUAAAUCCAGGGUCCACGAAUGUUCCAUUUGUGGUGCUGAAUUUAGUUCGGGUCAGGCUUUGGGGGGCCACAUGAGGCGACACAGACCUCUGCCUUCUACUACCAUGGUUAGCUCCGGCACUAAUUUCGAGGAUUCUCACCAUCAUCAUCAUCAUCAUCAAGAGGUUAAGAAACAGAGAACCCUUCUCUCUCUGGACCUCAAUCUUCCUGCAUCAUCUGAGCCCGAAGAAGGAGGAGGAGAAGAAGAAGAUUGCAAAAAUUUAAACGCUGCAGUCUUUCUCAGUGGAACCUGGGAGCCUCUUUCAACUGAAGAACACACGGAGAAGGGGGGAAGAGAGAUGGCAGUACCGGGGAGACGCAACGGCAUGAUGAGCGAUGAUGAAGAAGAUGGGGCUCUUUUUGGUGGGGAUGUUGAGUUUGUCGAAGCCGGUUCCGAUUCCGAUACACCCCCUCACCUCCGUGAACUGGCGGCGGCUGCCCAGUUAGGAAACGUCGACCAACUCCGUUCUGCCCUAGAUAAUUUGGAUGGUAGUAUUGAUGAAGCCGUGGAGGAUGGGGAUACUGCUCUCCAUCUUACUUGUUUGUAUGGCCAUCUCCCUUGCGUCCAGCUUUUGCUGGAGAGAGGAGCUUCCUUGGAGGUGAAGGAUGAGGAUGGAGCCAUUCCACUUCACGAUGCUUGUGCAGGAGGAUUUACAGAUAUAGUUCAGCUUCUACUCUCAAGUGCCAGUGGUCCUGAGGCUGUCAAAAGGAUGCUGGAAUCGGUUGAUGUGGAGGGUGAUACGCCUCUUCAUCAUGCGGCUAGAGGCGAGCACCCGGCUGUUGUUAGGUUGCUGUUGGCAUAUGGGGCAUCUCCUACUAUGACAAACAUUUAUGGAAAGGUACCAAGUGAACUUGCUGAUCCAGACACAGAAGCAAAGAGUAUCUUGGAAGAGGCUGUCAGUAGUUUAACCAGCAGUUAG